AUGAGGGCGCCGACAGAAGGCCCCCAUGGACGCCUUUCACCCGCGGUGGACGCAGCGGCCGUUGCUCCCUCGGCACUUCCGGGCCCUCACCUGCAUUUCGAAUUCCGAGGGCCCAAUGAGGAGGCGGCAAAGAAAGAGCACGUCAGCUUUUGCCUCCCCCUCCUUCCCCCUCACACGAACGUCGUCAACAAGCUCGAGCCAGGCUCGCUCGCUCGCUCCUCCCUCUUCCUUCCAGGAUCCCUUUUCCAGGGUUAGAAGUAUGCUCCUCUCAGCUUGUCAUAUGCCUCUUUCAAGUUUCCUGCCGUUUGUGCGCUCCUUGAGCAGACUAAGCAGUUUCCCCCUGGCCCCAAGGCUUUGUGGGGAGCAGCGGCUGCUAUUGCCUCAGUGGCCUGGCCCUUGGAUCCUCGUGGCAGGGAAGAAGAGCUCCAGUGACCUCCUUCCUCUCAAUGAAGCCGACUUGGAAGAGCAGUUUGUCCGAGGCUUUGGACCCGGAGGCCAAGCGACGAAUAAGACCAGCAACUGUGUGGUCCUGAAGCACCUGCCCUCGGGGAUUGUAGUCAAGUGCCAUCAAACGAGAUCAGUCAUUACCAACCGAAAAAGAGCCAGAGAGAUCCUACAAGAGAAAGUAGAUGUUUUCUAUAAAGGCGAAACCAGCGACAUCGUUCGGGCGAAAGGGGAAUCGGAGAAGAAAAAACAAGAGAAGAAGAAGAAAGCCAAGGAAAACCUGGAAAGGAAAAGACAUUUGAAAGAACUGCAAAUGUUGGAUGACAAAUGAGGGACCCUUGGACAAGUUUUUCAGACACACACCAGCUUGGGCCAGGCAGGGGGCCACUUUUCUUUUUGACGGACACUUGCCGAGUUGUGGUUUUGGAAGAACUGAUCUGAGAUUGCAAGAACUGCCCGCAGGUUUGCAAAAGUAAACAUACAUGUACACAUA